AUGAACCACAUGGAGGAAGAAGCAAAUGCACAAGCUGAAGUUGAAGCAAAGGUCCAAGCCUCCGUGUACUGUGUGGCCGCAGUCCUGUGGACAGCAGCCAAGUUCAGCGUCCCCCGAGACCACAAGCUGGCCCUGCCACGCAGGCUCAAGACCCUCCUCUUGGACAUGGCCAGACGCAGUGCCCAGGAGCGGCCAUGCACAGCUGAGGCCAUCAAGAUGUGCAGCACUUAUCUCCUACAGCGGGGCAUGGACAGCAGAAAGAUUUUAGCUCACCUGAGGGCAUCCACCUAUAAGGUUGACCAGGAGGAAGAGACGAUCAGCCUCCAGAAUGCUCUCUCGGUGGCUGAACUGAACCCCAGCACCCCCAGGCCCAGCUCAGGUUUUGUUCGGGUCGGCGGUGACACCAGGCUGGUGGUGGUGCAGGGGCCUGGGCCCUCUCAACCCCCCUGCCGCGAAGGGGCCACGGUGCUGCCGGCCGCCUUGACCGCCACGGCCACACACUUCCAGCCCGUCGUGCUGGUCCCAGAUGCAGGUGAUGCCAGGGACGGGGAGGGCGAUGGGAAGCAGGCUCCCGAGGCCCAUGGAGCCACCACCAGCCAGAAGAUUCCUGACCGGCCAGUACCUGCUGCUGGACCACAGGGAGCAGCCCCAGAACCGCUCAGGGAGUCAGUGCCGAGAGACACGGCCCAGGGGAUCCCCUGCGUCCCACCCCCUGGCCCGGAGGGGGCUUCACCAGCGAUGCCCGAGUCUUCUACGGCUGCCCCACUCCUGAAGGCACAGGCGCCUCCCAUGGAGCAAGGGCCAGACCAACCAGUCCCACCUGGAACCCCAGCGUCCAGUGCAGCCCACCACGACCCGAGUCACCGAGCCAAGCCACCCAGGAGCGAGGCCACCGAGGGCGCAGGCCGGGAGCCUCGGGGUCCCUCAUCAGCCCCGAGGGACCCCUCCCUGGCCAAGGCGAGUCCAGACAGCCCCAAAGGCACCUCUGUCCCAGAGCAGGAUGGCCUGGCCCCAGACAGUCACCCCGAGCGGCCCCUGCCAGCAGACCACAAGCUCUGUCUGUCCGGUGUGGACGCCUCGGCCCUCCCGAAGAGGACAGCCUGCCCGUCGCUGCAGGAGGCCAUGCGCCUCAUCCAGGAGGAGUUUGCCUUCGACGGCUACUUGGACAACGGGCUGGAGGCUCUGAUCAUGGGGGAAUAUAUUUACGCCUUGAAAGAUCUCACCUACGCCACUUUCUGUGGGGCCAUAUCGGAGAAGUUCUGUGACCUCUACUGGGGGGAGAAGUUGCUGCAGAGUCUUUUCAAAGUGGUGAAUGGGAGGAUGUCCCCCUCCGAGAAUGCUUCGGAGGAGGCUGGGUCACAGCCCGAGGGCAGCACGGCCAGCACUCCAAGUGGCUGCUCACUGUCCAGCAAAAGGCCAUCGCUGCAUGGAGCAGGGAAGGAGAAACUGACCACCGCGCGCGUCAGCCGAGCCCCCUGCCCGUCCCCGGCGCUGUCCGAUGUGGACACGGACGAGCUCUCACGGGGUAACUUUGAGGUGGGAUUCCGGCCUCAGAAGUCGGUCAGAGGCGAGCGGGAACAGCAGCAGGAGGCCGGAGAGCACGGGCAGCAGGGAGGGGGCCCGGGGCCCGAGGCAGUGGCCCGGCUGGCCAGGCCCAAGGAGGGGGCCCCAGCUGCUCACUCAGGCCCGGCCGAGCUCCAGAGCUGCAGCCCCGGCUGGUGCAGCGCCUUCUACGAGGCGGACUGCUUCGGCGCCGACGUCUCCAGCUACGUGAAGGAGCUGGUGAAGCAGAGAGCCGGCGGGGCCACCGACGUGGACGCCCAGAGCCCGCUUACUCGGAGCUGCUAGAUGUUCUCGCCCCAGCAGCUUUCUACCUGCGAUGGCCUCUCCCAGAAGUAGAAAGUGAACGCCCACAAGAGGCAGAAAGCCACAUCACACUCCCCGUCGUGGGACCAGCGAUGGGGCCGCAGCUCAUGACAGCCCACCACACGCACAGGCCUCGUAAGCAGGAGUGGAACAGGUCCUCCACACCCUGGGCUGUCCUGGCGUUGGAGGGUCCUGAGGAUCCUAAUGUUCGUCACUGAGAGGGCCCGUGGACAGUGAGUGCCGUGACGCGGUUUCCGAGGGGGCGGUGGGGAACUAAAACGCUUCCCUGAAAUACGCACCGCACGUUUCCUAGUUGUGUAGGCUGAGGGCCUGGAAGCAGAGACGGCCCGUGCCAGGGUCCUGGUUCCAGGGCCAUCCUCCAGUCAAAGGGACCAGGGCUCCUGGAAGAAAUCAUGGACCCUGGGACUGGGGCAAGGCCGGUGACAGCAAGCCAGAGCCAUCUUGGGCCAGAAAGUGAGGAAAUGAUUAAGAACCCAUGAUGGGGGCGCCUGGGUGGCUCAGUUGGU